AUGGCGCAUGCGCAAGAGGUCAGACCAAUUACCCCGCUUUCAAAAUGCGACAGCUACUUUGAAACCAUACAAUCCAGAAAGAAACUACCACAGACAUUGCAGGAGACAUUGACAGAUUCAUUUGCAAAGAUUCCAGUUUCUUCUUUUCCAGGAGUUCCGGGAGGAAAAGUGAUUGAAAUUCUAGCAGACACACCUGUUGGUGAAGCUGUUAAGAUUCUGUCUGAAAGCAACAUUUUAGCUGCUCCAGUUAAAGACCCUGAUGCAGGAAUUGGUUCAGAUUGGAGAGGCAGAUACCUGGGCGUCAUAGAUUAUUCAGCCAUCAUUCUCUGGGUGAUGGAGAGUGCAGAGCUUGCUGCAGUUGCUCUAUCAGCUGGUACAGCAACAGCUGCUGGAGUUGGCGCGGGAACUGUUGGUGCUUUGGGAGCAUUAGCAUUAGGAGUUACAGGUCCUGCUGCGAUUGCAGGACUAACUGCUGCUGCAGUAGGUGCAGCAGUGGCAGGUGGUGUUGCUGCAGACAAAACCAUGGCUACAGAUGCUCCUCAAGCUGUAAAUAACCUUGGCGAGGACUUUUACAAAGUAAUAUUGCAAGAAGAACCUUUCAAGUCAACAACGGUUGGAUCAAUACUGAAAUCAUACCGAUGGGCACCUUUUGUUCCAGUUGCAAAAAAGAGUGCUAUGUUGACUGUCUUACUGCUUCUCUCAAAAUAUCGGCUGAGGAAUGUACCGGUGAUAGAACCUGGUAAGCCAGACAUUGUAAACUUCAUUACUCAGUCAGCAGUUGUCCAAGGCCUAGAAGGAUGCAGAGGAAGAGAUUGGUUCGACUCCAUUGCAGCCAGACCUAUAACUGAUCUUGGACUUCCUUUUAUGUCUGCUGAUAAGGUUAUUAGCGUCCAGAGUAAUGAAUUGAUUCUUGAAGCUUUCAAGAUUAUGAAGGAUCAUCUAAUUGGUGGUCUUCCAGUUGUAGAGGGGCCAACUAAAACAAUUGUUGGAAACUUGAGCAUUAGAGACAUCAGAUACUUGUUGCUAAAGCCUGAAAUCUUCACCAAUUUCAGGAACCUCACUGUCAUGGAUUACAUGAAGAAAAUUGUCUCAGAAUCCUAUGAAUCUGGAAAAGUCACUAGGCCAAUAACAUGCAAGCCUGACUCAACUCUGCAGAGCGUGAUUCAUACUCUUGCUUCACAGUCUAUUCACAGGGUUUAUACAGUAGAUGAACAAGAUCAAGUAGUUGGUGUCAUCACACUGAGAGAUGUCAUCUCUUGUUUCAUCAACGAACCUGACUACCAUUUUGACGAUUACUACGGAUUCGCAGUGAAAGAGAUGCUGAAUCACUGA